CUGAAUUUAUAGAAGCUUCACUUAACGAAUAAAUUAACUGACUACAUAUAAUCUGAAUGGUUAUCUGAAUCUAUAUUCGGGGAAUAAAUACUAAAAAGUCACCAGGUUUUUGCAAGCUGUUCAAAAUACAGUGGAAAGAAAAAUUGUUGGGUCGCAUUAGUGACCUUCGCACGGCAUCGAAUUGGAACGAUGCAUGUCGUGCUCUUCUUCACUUUCCUGCAAAUUGUGUAUUGCGACUUCAAAUUAAGUGACUCAAAGUUACUUCUGCCGUUUUACAGUGUAAACCCCGUCAAUUUUACACUCCACGGUAGCGAUGGUGCUUGCUAUGAAUGGCAUUCGGGUACACCCGAAGUUGCUGUAGUUAGUCCAAUAGUAACACCCGAAAGCGGAUGCUCUACUGCAGCCGUUAUCACAGCUGUCUGGCAAUCUCGCCACCGAGCUGUCGCCACUAUAUAUGCUAAGAUAAUAAAUGCUGAACAUAUUGUUAAGUGUGACGUGAUUGUGGAUGACAUUCACCGAAUUGAAAUAAGUACGACUACUCAGGAGCUAUACCUUCACAAUACCCCCGUAUCACUUGUUGUGACGGCUUUUGAUGAAUACGGCAAUACAUUUUCAUCUCUUGAAGGUGUACCGUUUGAGUGGCGUCUAUUUGAAAAUAGAUAUGAGGAAUUUGGUGAUGCUCAGAAUGUUUUGAGAUUUAUUACAUGGAGUGAAUCGGAAUAUACAACUCCAAGUACAAUGGCUCUAUUAGAAUCUAAAGGACUUCAGGGCUACAUGCAAUUAAUUAGUGGGUUACGCACUGGCUCGGCUGUCGUUAGCGUUGCUUUACAAGAGUCAAUAUACAUGAAUGUAGCCCCAUGUCAAGUCCGUCUGCUUGUAAUGGCGAAUGCUCAACUGAGUCCAGCGUUGGCUUACUUAGUACCGAAUUCUAUAUUGACGUUCACGGUACACGUCAUACAGCAAGGUGAUGACCAGGAGGUGUCAAUGCCGUCUCUUCAGUAUCAUCUACAAGUGAACAAUACAGAUUUAGCUGUCCUUAGCCCACUUGAUGGUUGUACUCUUAAAGCUCUGAAUUAUGGACAGACGGAAGUUACUCUACUUGAUCGCAAUGUUGAAGAAGCUUUAGAAAAAUUAGAUCAGGUUAUGAAAUCAGAAGUAGAAGAGUCAGAUCUUCUUUUGCCAAAACGUAGACGGCCAACUUCACUUAUACAAAUUGUGGAACCAGCCUACUUAGGCUUUACACUCAUGCAGAAGUCCACUAGCAAACAGUCAGACAUGUGUCAGCUGGCAGCAUUCUUGAGUUCAGGAUCAUAUGUUAGCCACAUUGGAUCUGGUUCUCACAUGCCUAUUCGGAAGUGGAUUAUGGAAUCAGGCAAAGUCUAUGUGAUUACUGUAGAUAUAUACGAUCGUAACAACCACCGUUUAUAUCCAUCAGACAAUUUACGUCUCACUCUUAAUUUUCCGGAAAGUCAUUUCGAGAUUUUACAAUCGUCAUCAAAUCAAACAUAUGUUAUUGUUAAAGCGUCGUCAUCUGGUACAGUAUCUCUCAAAGCGGUCUUGAAAGGUGUUAUUGAUCAGGAUGGAAGCUUUAUUGAAUUCAAUUCGGUGAUAACAGGCAGUCAAGAUGUAACUAUUUACUCACCUAUCAAAAUUCACCCCACCUCGGUCAUAUUACCAUGGUCAAUGAAUACAUCACCUUCAUUUAAUCGUACGCUUCCUGAUGCUGGUUACCAGUUGCGUGCUAGUGGAGGAUGCGGACAAUAUAGAUGGACAGCUUUAUCUGCCAAUGCAUUAGAAUACUAUGCUAAUUCUGGUAGAAUACCAGCUGUUGAGUCUCUUACCGAUACUGUCGUGUCUAUUACAAAAACAGGUCUUAUAUCAGCUUUGGAUCUUGGUGAAUCUGUCAUAGUUGCAUCUAGCUUUUCAAAUCCUCAAUUGUGUGGACAUACUAUAGCUCAUGUACGCUCGCCUACUGAAAUGAGGUUCGUAUCAGGACGUAAUGAAGUUCUUAUUCCAUCUCGGCGUAAAGCUACAUUUGCCGAUGACUCGUUAUCAUAUACCUAUUCUGUUCAAUCAGCUGAUUCGGAAUUGAACUCACGUGAUGUUUCUACCAUGAAAUCUAAUCUUGAACGCUUGGCAGUUGGGUUAGCUGUUCUUGAUUCUGAAGGUCAAAGUAUGACUGACUGUAGACACCUAAAUAUUGAAAUUCAUGCAGUUGAUCCUUCUGUUGUUAAAAUUCUUCCAGGUUUUUAUGCACCACGAUCCAAUUCAUCUGUUGACUAUGGAUCAUUUGACUUGGUUGAAUGUUUGCAUUUCUAUGUGAUUGGAGUUAAUGUCGGUUUCACUGAAAUCAAAGCCGUUUACAAUCCAUCAUCAUCAUCUGGGAAAGUGGAUGAAUCUUCUGUUAUUGUUGCACGUUUUCCUGUUGCAGCCUAUCGUAAAAUCGCUUUCAUUGAUCCUGCAUCUGAAACCACUUCUGUUGCAUUAGGUUCAACUCGAAGUAUGCUAAUAACACAUGGACCACAACCCUGGUCACUCCAACCAUCAGAACAUUAUAUCAAAGUUUAUGCUCAACCUGACUCAGAUAAUGAUAUUUCAUCGCUUCCAACAUUAAUUGAGGAACCAUACUUCUACAAAAGUAGUAAUAUUAAAGAAAAGGAUACUAGACUGCCACCUAUUCAUACUUAUAUGAAUGAUCAGAUCGACAGUCAAGCUCGUUUAAUUUCCUUCAGUCUUCGAUGUGAAGGGAUUGGAAUGUUUGAAUUUGUUGUAGAAAUUGGAAAUCAUCCUACAUCUACUAAUCUAUAUCCUAUGGUUUUGACAUCCAAAUUCACGAUAAUGUGUGACGUUGCAGUCAGUCUUCAGUUGAUACCCUUGUUCCAGCUUCCCUUGCUUCCUUCGCAUUAUCCACCUUGCCCAUUAGUCAACACAUCGUCUGCUGACUGGUCUCAUGAUAAAUUAAUUUUACCAAAUACUAUACCAACUGCUGUUAGUCUAGUUCUGUUCGGAUCAGAAAAUCAAGAAUUAGAAUCAGUUGACUCAUUUCUAUUCAAUGUAGUGAUUUCUACAGCUAAAAGUGCAACCACCACUAAACAAAAGCAACAAAUAGUUCAAAAUUUUAAUCCUCCCGUUUAUCAUAACAACUUCAACUAUGAUAAAGGAUCUUUGUCACAUCCUAUGCAUCCAAGACCUCGCUUUUUUAUUACACCAGCUGAUUUCGGUCAUUCCUCCGGUGAUCUUUCAAUCCAGGUUACAAUUCAGUCAAGUUCACCGCAUAAAUAUGUCCCCUUCUUGUCUGGUAUUCAGAGUUUACAAUCGGUUUUGAAUGCCUACUUAAGUCCUAUGGUUCAUGUGGUUCCGGCUCAGUCACUGUUAUUAUUUUAUCAUCCAGAUGCAACAUCAUCUGCUCACAUUCAUGGUGGAUCUGGUCACUAUUAUUUAGAAGGUUCAGGAGAUCUUAACGACCCACAUCAUCAUCCACUUCGUAUAACUGAACAAUUCAAUGAACCAAAUAGAAUGACCGAUCGUACUACUUCCUACAUAAUACCCCAGCGAACGUAUAAAAUACAACCACAAAAUGUUGGACAUGCAAUAAUCGAAGCAGUUGAUUUGUGUUUUCCAGCCUUAUCGAAAUCAAGUCAACUGACUGAAAAUUAUUUCAAUCCAGCUAAAACUGAAUUCAGUGUAGAUGUAAUCGGUUUGAGUGCUAUUAAUCUUCGAGUUAUUGAUCGAAUCCAGCUUGGAGAUGAGGUUACAGCAUCUAUAGAAGCAACAGGUACAGAUGGACAUGUAUUACCAGCGAAGUUUGCACGUUUGUUGAAAUUAUCAAUUGUUAAUGAUCGUUUGGUUUACUCAAAAUCUGGUCACAAGGAAUCGCAUGACUCAAAAAAGAUACUUGGUGUACCGGACACUGAUGUGUCAUCUGAAUCAUUCUGGAUUUUCAAUUCUUCAAGUCUUGAAGCACCUUGUUCAGGUCAAUUCAGUGUUCGUGGUUUAGCUCUAGGUACUUCUCAGCUGAUGGUAACAUCUGUUAUUCCCAGAUUAUCACGGAAUAAACCAAUCACUGUCCAAAGUAACAUCGUUGAGAUCCAGGUGUUUGCACCGCUUCGUUUAACUCCGUGUAACUUUAAUCUUCUCUUGGGCGCUGAAUAUGAACUUCAUGCAGUGGGUGGUCCUAGUCAAGCUUCACUAGAAUUCAUCCCUGAGUCUGCCUCAGGUCGUAUAACCAUUGUUAAAUCAAAUCCUACUAGUGUCUUGAUACGAGCAUCUGAAUCCUUGGGUUUGGCUACUAUUCGUGCUCGAGCAGUGGGUAUUUCCGGUGGAAAGUAUUCUGGAAAACAUGAUGAUUAUGUAAUCUAUUCAGAGACGGUAUGCAGUAUUCAUGUCGUAGCCUUAUCUGGUGUACGUAUUGGAUGUCCACUCGCCAACAUGAAUGAGGUAAUCUCUCAAAUUCAUGACCAUUCAAGUAUCCACGUCCAAGAGUUGUCUAACUCAGGUGAAUCAGAUAGGCAUUUUCUUCUAUCCUGCCCACCUGGACGAACUAACGACUGUGGGUCAACACCUUUGUGGGCCGAAGGUUUAGCACAUAGUCCUUAUUAUUCUGAAGAUCAGUCAAACUCAAAUUUAGUUUCUCCUUUGGGAAUGGCUGCCGUUUUUCCUCCAUUACGCUUUCGAUGGCACUUAAAUCCACCUGAGCCAAGUUCUGUGGCUCGCUUAGAAUACUGGCUUAAUCGGUUUGGUAUUGAUGCAGAUGAGAAUCACUCAGCAGCUGGAAUGAUUCUUGUCGGUCUGAAACCUGGUACUGUGACUGUUCAUUUGACAGUUGAGCCUACUGAUCCUAGUGCAAAGCAGAUAAAUGCAGUAUCUACUGACAGUGUAUCAACGGAUCGUUUGCAUGCUCAACUGACAAUUGUUAUUCUAUCACGACUUGGAUUGAAUUCACCACCUCGUGAACCGCAACAAAUCAUUUUAUCACCGAAUUCACAAUUGAAUUUAAUUCCAUGGACUGAUGUACGUUCAGACAGUAUUCUACGCUAUAAAGUUUCCAUUCUUUCACACUACACGAAUAUAUCACUAGCUCGUACAGAUGAGAUAGUUACUGUCACUUCAGAUGGUAUUCUACGUGUGAAUGAUAAAUGUUCAAAUAUUGGAUCAAUAUGUCAAAUGACACUUCAAAUCGAAUCAAUACCAAAUGGAAAUUUAUUAAAUUUGAAACAAUCACACGAUUUUCAAACUUCAUUAAAACAAACAUUAAUCUUAAAUGUUUAUGUUAAAUUGCCACGUUAUAUGAUGUUUACUACACCACGUGUUUUUAUUCCACAAAGUGAUAAGUCAUCAAAGAUCAAGGGUCUGCCAGUCGGUGGACCGUAUAAAUUAGAAAUAAAAUAUCAUGAUGAAUUAGGACGCUUAUUCGACGCUGUUUCAGAUGACUUCCAUCAAUUGAAAACAUCGCUUCAUCGAUCAGAUCUAUUUUCUGCUCAAUUUAUACGUGAUUUCGUGACUGAGGAAUAUUUCCUUACGGAUAAUGCAUACAAUACAGCCACCCGAAGUGCCGCGUCUUUUGGCAUGAGUAUUCACUCUUCACCUAUGUCUUCUGCAAUUGAUGAUAUUGACUUAAUUCAAAGUACAAAAAAGAAUCAACCUGAAAAGAAUCCCCAUUGGACUGUUAUGCAUAUAACACUAUCGAAUAAAAUUGUUGGCUUAUCUCCGAGUUAUUUAAGCCUACCGCAUACUAAUUCACUUGAUCUUCUUGGUUUAACAUCUUUAGUUGAAGGUCAAUGGAUUUGUCUGCCAAAGUUAUCCACUUCAUCGAGUUUAGAGGAUACUUGGUCUUCUGUGGAUCCGUCUAUCCUAUGGAUUGAUUCUUCAGAACAGUUAAUAUUAGCACGUCAUUCUGGACAAGGAAUAUUAACUUACAGUCUUACACCUUCAAUAAAAGACAGUCAACAGGAUGAAACAUUGAAAAAUUCCACUUAUUUUAAUACUAGAUUAAAUCCACUCACCUAUCUUAUCAAAUUGCCAGUUGUUCCUUUAGAAGUGUAUUCAUUUGGUAUGCCAUCUUCAAGUUUAAUACUUGUUGAUACCGGGAUUAGUAUUCCACAAAGUGAACCGAUCACAUUUCCUAUUGGUAUUGAUCGUCGAUCACGUGGUGAAUCAUUUUCAUCUAUGCUACGUUUUCUUGUUCAAUUACCAACUAAAGAAAGUAGUACCAAUAUCCCAUACCCUAAAGCUCCUAGUUCAGUAUUCGCUGCCUCUGCUCCAUUCAAAUGUUUAAUUCGACUGCAGACAAACGAUGAGCUCCACAUGGAUUCAAGCUAUCGACCAAGUUUAUUACCACAUUGGCUUUCACAUUUAGUACUCUGGGAGUAUAAUGAAACAGUGGAAAAUAUCUUGGAGUCUCAGUCGGCUAAAUUCACUUUAGAACGAUCUUUAUCAACUCAAUUGGAACCAUUGUCACAAUCGUCUCCCUUUUAUUCAGCUUCUACUCAAUGGCAGUGUGUGGUACGCUCUCCUGCAUCAUGGUCAUUCAGUUUUGAUGCCAUUGCUCUUACACUGUUGCCUAAAACAAGAAUGACUCUACAACUAGUUAGAAGUGAUGCAUCCAAAAGUGUUGAACAAGAAGAAAAUUCGUCGGUAAUUGCCCAGACAUCAUUACUUCCGUUGCCAGGCAUAAAAGUGCUUGUACCUCCAGCGUUAAAAUCUCAAGAUGACAGUCAGUCAUCUACUUCUAGAAAUUUGUAUCAUUUCUGGAUUACGCAUACAGAUAGUUUUACUCAACGCCUACUGAUAUUCAUUCCACCGGCAACUGCAUAUGCAUUGAGUAUGAAAGAAUUAGGACAAGAUAAAUUGUUAGUUAGAUCACAAAUGCCGGAUAUCUUAGAAAUUGUUGGAUUAGUACAUCCUGUUGAAAAUAUGCUUGAAAUUGUAGAUAUAUUAAAAAAUUAUAUACAAAGUCUGUCAUCAUCUGCAGCCUCAGUUACACUGACAUCAUAUCCAAGUAGUGUUACAAGUGAACUAUCUCAUUGGUUGCAUGUAAUUAAUGAACAAAUUGAAAAUAUUGAAGAUGAUGCUAUCUCUGGUCAAAAUUCAUCUAUAUUAAAGUAUAAAGUUUUAUGGGCAAUUCAAGUAAGAUGUAUACCUGGUGAUGUUGGUAAGUCGUUGUGUUUUUAUUAUUCCUUUGUAUAAUGCUUCGAUUUUUAGUAUAACAUUUUUUCUUUCUAGUUUGCUGUACGUAGAACGUUUCAUUCUUAAAUUACAGAAAUGCAUAUCAGACAUUCUUUUGUUGUCUUCAAGUGGUAGUUUGUAGAGAUCUGAUUGAUUGCAAGUUUGAUCAUGUACUGGUGUCAGUUAGAGGGUAAACUGUAUUGACCAGGAAGUGCGCAUGUAAGAUAAACAAACAUUUGGUGCGUACAAAGAAUAAACCAGAUACCCUUAUAGAAGGGAAUCUUAUUAUGAACAAAAAUUUAUAUAAAAUCAUAUUUACGUUCUCCACACACUCUUCAUUGAUUUAGUGAUCUCUUGAAGAAUGGUGGCCAAGGCUGCUAUGUUUCUAAACGAUCAUAUUGCCAGACAGUCAAUCAGUCACUGCAUCCCAAUCCACCGAUCCAAGCUUCAAAUGACCUUGAGCCGACCAAUCAGAUUCCGCGUGAAUAGUGGCAUUUAUUGUAUUAAAAAAGUGUGUUUAUAAGAUAUGUAUGUGAUAAGAAUGAAUUAUACAGAGUAUUUAUCUCUUGUAUGUUGCAAAAAUCGUUCAUAGUCUCUCAUACGAGUGUCCAUAGACAUAUCAAACCAAUAUCGAUGCAAAAAUUCACCUAAGUGGCUGUAUAUCAUAUCAUAUCGGGAGCCAUUUACCAUUCUAAUACGUUAUUUUAGAUCAACCCAGUAUCCUUCAGUAGAAUCUGUAUGAGUGCCGCUUAUAGGAUUCACUAAUUCAGAAGAAAAAUUGACUUUAUGAUGAAUAUAGCCUAAUAAUGAUAGUUGCGAAUAACUAUCCCAUUCGUCUGUGUAAAUUGUAGUGCCUGUGAGGACUAGUCGUUGUAUUAUUGGUAUUAAAACACCGGUACUUCUGUUUGGGGGGGGGGGGAGUGUUCUUCUAGCCCUUUUCUAAGACUUCUAUCAUACAGCCCCAGCACCCAAAAAUGGUUUGCUCUUCUGCUACAGCGGCGAUUCACUUUUCGUUUAAUAAGUACUGUUUCGUCAGUGUGAACGACAACUCCAAGUACACAAGUAAUUCCGUUGAUCUUUUGUGAGUCAGUAUCUAAACACCACUACAAUGUUAUAUAUUUUAGUAUUCUCUGUUUCUGCAACUGUCGCAGAUACUGGUGGUCUCACUGGCUAAUUGUGUGGCAUAUACGCAAUAUUUUACUAAGGAAGAGUUUCGAUUUCCAGAAGAAAGUAUCUAAAAAAAUCGCCGUAUUGUAUGACUUACCUACUCUUACAGACUACCUGCUAUGACGGAUACUGAAUCUGAAUGCAUAACCGUCAAGAGCCUGGCAAUAUUUCUCAAGAGUCAUUAUCCCUCCAUCAAAUAUGCAUGUUUUAGUCUACCCUAUUAACCCAUUUUUCACACAGAAGCCAAAAAUCAAAUCUGGGUGUAACGUGCCAUAAAGAUUGUAAACAGCACCUAUGUGCAAUACUGAGCGACCUGAUUACCCGUUUUAAAGUCAUUUGACUGCGGUGUCUACUCUUUACUGUUGCUAAAGCUCUUAUUGUUUUGAAUGUUUGUUAAGGCUUUUUUAUUUGUCAGGUUACUAGUCCGUCUUUUUCUUUUAUUAAAUUUCUCACACAUGACUAUGUGAAUUGAUCAUUAUUCUUCCCUUUGAUCUACAGCUAUUGAUACAGUAGUAAAUGUGGUGCUUAGUCUACGUUCAACCGGUCAGCAUAUUGAAAUCCCUGUGCGAGUUAGUCUACCAUCUGUUAGUCAGCUGGAUGCUAAAGAAAUAAUCAAACAGUCGACUUCGUCGCCUUACUUUUUAAAUUUCUCUUGGAUUCACUUGUUUGCUGUUAUCGUAGUCACAUUACUCAUUGCUGUUAUAGUACACAUCAUAUUACGCAGUGAGACACUAGUAAGUUCUUCAAGUGGUUCAAAUGUUGGAAAGUAUUCCACUGGUCCGCUUCCUCCGUUAACUAAUAAUCUGAAUCACUCUCAUGCUAAUGGUCAAUUGUGGAGUCAAAGCUUCAUUCCUAGCAGAAGUCCGAAUACCUUUCGACAAUCUCCCCUGUCAUAUGCAGGCUUACGUUCACCUAAUUAUUCAACAUCAUUCCAUUCAGAAAGUUUACCAACUCACACUGGAUCUACUAACAUGCUUCAACGUACUCCGCCUAAACUUAAUGUUGGCGGAAGUGGUGAUUUAGUCAAUGAUGAGAGAAGAUGGCGACAGGCGCUUAGCGGCAAUGCUAGUCGUUUAAGAGAUAGUUUUGAUAAUAUGUGAAUUUACAUUACAUUGAAUCAUAUUUCUGCUGUAUUCAUCCAUCACGUUGUUUCAUUGUUGUUUUCGUAUCUCACCACAUGUUUCACUCGUUUAUUACAUUCCCAUUAAAGUUUCCUUUUUAACAAUAUCAUUUUUUGUAUAUGUCGUUUGCGGGGGUGACAUUUUUGCCAAGGUUGUUUGAUGAUAUUAGCAUUUACUACAGCAUAUCUAGACUCUAUGCCUUUUUGUAAUUGUUCAUAUUCAGAGUUAAUUCCUUUUUGUAUUAACCGCGAUAGAUAUCUUCCAGUAAAAAACCAUUUGUGUUAUAAUUAAUAAAAACGUUGUUUGUAAAUCUAC